CUCUCUCCCUCCCUCCCUCCCUACAACAUGGGCCAAUGAAAGCCGCCUGCAAGUGGAUUCCGCUUUCAUUCAAGCGCUGCUCUCGUGUUUCAGCGGAACAGGGCGCCGGGGGAAUGUGUUCCCACACAAAGCCCCAUUGUGUGAAUGUGUGUCGGGCCCCGCCUGAUGGAGGCAGGGAGGCAGGGUUAGCAUCCCGGGACUUCACAAGGAAGUGUACAUGCACCAUUUAAACAAAGUCACAAACCCUCGCCGCUCCACACACCACAGUCUCAGUCUAACCCAGCGCCACAUCCACAAAUCCUUGGGUCCAAACGCUGGGCGAGUGGAUGACAAAGUGACCUCCACUCAUCCAACAACGCAGGAUGAAUGUAUCGGAGGAGAAGGAUUAUGACCUGGAGUGUUCCAUCUGCUUCAGUAACUACAACAAUGUAUUCCGUACUCCGAAGCAGCUUGCGUGCAACCACACCUUCUGUCUCGAGUGCCUGGCCCGUAUGAACAUGAAGGCGCAGGUGGCAGAAGCCAUCCAGUGCCCUGUGUGCCGUUCCCUGACCCGGGUGCCCAAGGAUGGGCUGCCCAAGCUGGGCAACAACUCUGGCAUCUUGUCCUGCCUGCCUGAGGCCAUGCAGAGAAUCCAGAGUAUCCGCUUCAACCGGGGCAAGGGCCGGCUCUUCGUGAAGAAAACCCAGUGGUCCCAGAAGAAGAGGGGGAAGAAGAAAAUGUUUGCCAGCUCAGUGAGUCAAAGCCUGGACGUGGGCCGCCCAUCAGACAUGGACAAUCACCAGGUGUCGGUGCAGAGGUGGUGGUGCUGUGUCCACAAGUCCUAUGUCACCAUUGUCAUUGUCAUUAUAGUCACUCUAGCUAUCCUCAUCAGUUCCAUCUGGGUCUUUGUAGUGCGUUAGUGACCCUCACCAGCAGUGACCAGUGUGGACAGUGACCAAUGUGGACAGUGACCAGUGUGGACAGUGACCCUCACCAGCAGUGACCAGUGUGGACAGUGACCCUCACCAGCAGUGACCAGUGUGGACAGUGACCCUCACCAGCAGUGACCAAUGUGGACAAGCUGGACAGAACCAGAUGCUUCAAGGAACGCAACGUGUGUGCUGAAGGAAUUUCACACUUGACAUUCUUGUAAACUUACUUGUAAAUGUAAACCUGUACUUAUUCCAUCAACUUUAUUCUCUCUGUUUGAUUUUAACCUCAUUACACGGAUCACAUUGAAGCGAUUGACCUGCUGGUCAUCUGGUCAUCUGGUCACCUCAAUGACUCUUCCCAAUGUGGGGGGAACUCUGCCUCCACAUGGCUAGGGAAAGGGAUACCUUCUCAUGUGGUCCAAUACGAUGUAGCAAUCUAGAAGGCAAAGAGUAAUAUAUAUAUAUAUAUUAGCACCAAUACAAAUGAGUGUUUAACGUACAGAAGCUUCCAACACAAGCUACAGUCCGCGCAGAAUUGAAUUUUAUAAAAGGUAGUCGAGUUCAAUAAUACAGUGAAGUCUGAAGAAGGGUCUCGACCUGAAACGUCCCCCAUCCCUUCUCUCCAGAGAUGCUGCCUGUCCUGUCCCGCUGAGUUACUCCAGCAUUUUGUGUCGACCUUGAAUAAUACAGAAUAUCACCAACAAGAAGUGGUUUCCACCCUAAUGUCCUGCCCUGGGUCCAAGCACUCUCCCACCACUCCCGAUCUCCCUGUCUGCUCACUUCUCUGCUUUAGUACGUUGCCUUUCAGUGACGUCUGAAUGAACAUUAACAUUGCCCGUUCUGUUAGCAUUUAACAACAUCUUGCUCCCCCUGGUUUGUGCACAAAGUGGAUACCAUCACCUAUUUCCACAUCAUAAGGAUAAUGCAUAAUACAUGCGUGCAUGUAUGAAGAAGGGUCUCAACCCGAAACGUCCCCCAUUCCUUCUCUCCAGACAUGCUGCCUGUCCCGCUGCGGUACUCCAGCUUUUUGUGACUGUACAUGCAUUCAUUAUUGGGCAAUACCAAAAUAUCUGGCAUGUCUAUCGUCUAAAAUGGACUAUGAUCCAAUUCAAUCAUAAAUAAAUGUGUUAUUGAUGACAUGUUCUCAUGUGCCAUUGUGCCCAGCAUCAGUUACUACCCAAUAUGAAUUAUUGUUGAACAUAAAUUAUUGUUAAGAAUGAACUGUUGUCCAUGAAUCAUUGUCUAAGUAAAUUAUUAUCCAUUAA